GUGAACGCACCAAAAGCUACGUAGUGCGGAAGUAAAAAGUCAUCAGCCGAUGUACUGCGGAAGUAAACAAUCCUCAGCUGACGUGGAGCAAAUGUAUUAUCGGAUCAGCGCCUGAAAGCAAAGGAUACUCUGGCUGCUGGUGCUGGUUGUUAGCUCGACUGCAAAAGAGAUGGCGUCAGCUGAGGAUGCCAGUAGGCCGUUCGCUGGGCUCUCAAACGUCUCCAUAUCGGAAGAGAUACCUGUGGAAGGGGAUAUUACCGCCCCCCCCGGCCCAUCCACAAGAGACGAUGAGUUUUCCACAUUGGACGAGCCGGUGAAGGAAACUAUUCUGCGUGAUCUCCGAGCGGUGGGGAAUAAAUUCAUUCACGUGCUGUACCCAAAGCGGAGUUCGGCUCUGUUGCGGGACUGGGACCUGUGGGGUCCUCUGCUGCUCUGCGUCACGUUGGCUCUGCUGCUUCAAGGCGGCGCAGCCGACAGCCACGACCAGGGAGGACCGCAGUUUGCCGAGGUCUUUGUUAUCAUUUGGUUCGGCUCCAUCGUCAUCACUCUCAACUCCAAGCUUCUGGGUGGAACCAUCUCUUUCUUCCAGAGCCUGUGUGUGCUGGGGUACUGCAUCAUGCCCCUGACAAUGGCCCUAGUUGUGUGUCGGAUAGUCCUGCUCAGUGGUUCGGGGACAGUGAGCUUCGCCGUGCGUCUUACAGUGGUCACGGCGUCUUUUGGGUGGUCCACCUUUGCUUCCACGGCCUUCCUUGCAGAUAGUCAACUGUCCAACCGCAAGGCACUUGUGAUAUAUCCAGUGUUUCUCUUCUACUUUGUAAUAGGGUGGAUGAUCUUGACAUUUUCACCAGGAAAAUGACACGGAAGUGUUUUGUUAAGUGAGAGAACUAAAACAGAAACCUAAAUCAUGUUUAAAAAUGGGGAACUACUGAUGACUGUGUGCAGGUGAAAUGGAAUUCAGAACAUAAUUCCAUUGACUUGUCAAAACAGCGCUUUAGCUAAAGAGAGGUAAAAGAUCUUGUUUAUAUUAGGUGUUUUUGUUUUCUUAUUUCGCUUCACUGUGAUUGCAAAAUUGUUCCCAAUGUUUUAUAAUUCGAGAGUUGUUUUUUCCCCCAAGAACAAUAGUCUAUUUCAAAAAAGUUGUUUUUAUGACUGUUUUUUGCAUUUAACUAAUCAUCAAAAGAUUUAUUGAAAAAAUUGAAUUAAAUUGUAGUUUUUUUCUGUGGCUUACUCACUGUGUUGCAAUAUCUUUUUUUGCAAUAUCUUGUGCAGUUUUCAUCUGCACAAGACCUACAAAUAAAAAAAAAAGGUUAGUUGCAAACAAAAA